CGUGUUUUGUGAAGCGGUUUAGUAACAGGACAUUGGAAGAAAGCACAUUAGCUCACUUCAUAGUAAAACAGGUCCUGCAAGGCCAGGUAACUCAGGAAGCAGAGUGGUAAUUAUUCACAGAAGAAAGCUGGUAGUGUACUGUUACAAUACUACUGUAGCAAGUCAGAAGGUCACAAGGCUUCCAGGGUAGCUGACACCACCCGAAACUGCUUGGCCCACUUUAAAAAGAAAGAAUAAAAUGGGAGAGAAUGAAGCUGGUUUACCUAACAUGGCUUUGCAAGGUAAAAAGAUGGCUUAUCAUAAAGUCAAGGCAGAUCUAAGAACCUCAGGACAUUCACAGUACUUAGACAGUGAUGACCUUCAAGCCACUGCCCUUGAUUUAGAGUGGGAUAUGGAGAAGGAACUGGAAGAGCCAAGCUUUGACCAGUUUCAAACAGAUAAUGCUGAGCAUCAGAACUUGGGACACUCUGAGACUUUAGACCUCCAUCUUGAUUCCAUCCAACCAGCAACUUCACCCAAAGGAAGAUUCCAGAGGCUUCAAGAAGAGUCUGACUGUGUGACUCACUAUACAAGAUCUGCACCAAAGAACAAUCAUUGCAACUUUUGCUACCUGUUAAAAAUACUGUGCAUAGCUACAGCCCUAUUUAUUUUUGGAAUUAUAAUAGGUUACUAUGCACACAUGAAUUGUCCUUCUGAUGCCUCACCAUCAGGAACAAAUAACCCUCAGUUAUACCAAGAUAUUCUCAAGACAAUCAAAGCAGAAGAUAUUAAGAAAUCCUUCAGAAAUUUGCUACAAGUCUAUGACAGUGAGGAUGACAUGGAAAUUUCAAAGAAGAUUAAGAGUCACUGGAUUGCAUUGGGCUUGGAAGAUACACAGUUCAUAAACUAUUCAGUGUUGCUGGAUUUUCCCGGGCCCUCUCCAGGCACCAUCACUGUGAGCAGUACUGGCCAGUGCUUUUAUCCUGAUGGCCAACCUUGCAGGGAAGAAGCCAGAAGAGGCCAAAGCCAAGAUCUGUUCUACUCAUAUGCAGCCUAUUCUGCCAAAGGAACUCUCCAGGCUGAUGUCAUCGAUGUAAGUUAUGGAACUAUGGAUGACUUAAAACGGAUUACAAAGUUGAAAAAUACUACAAAUCAAAUUGCACUCCUGAAAUUAGGAAAAUUACCACUACUAUAUAAGAUUUCCUUACUGGAGAAGGCUGGGUUUGGAGGUGCUCUUCUCUACAUUGAUCCCUGUGAUGCACGAGACUCUGCGGUCCUUAGCUCUGAACCUUUUAUGGUGACACUGAAUCCGGGAGGAGACCCCUCUACACCUGGAUACCCUAGUCAUGAUGAAAGCUUUAGACAAAGCCGACCAAACCUCACCUCCCUGUUAGUGCAGCCCAUCUCGGCAUCCCUCGCUACAGUGCUCGUCUCUUCGCCAAAACUGAGAAUGGAUAAAGAUGUCUGCCGCCCUCUAGAACUUCCGCAUAAUGAAAAGAGAACUGUCAGUUUGCAGGUACAGACAGUCACAAAAUUUAAGACAGUGUCUAAUGUUGUUGGAUAUCUAAGAGGUUUGACAUCACCAGACCGGUAUAUUAUAGUUGGCAGCAACCACCAUGCUGGACACAGUUAUAAUGGACAAGAAUGGGCCAGCAGUACUGCAGUAAUCACAGCAUUUAUUGAAGCUUUGAUGUUAAGAGUGAAGAAAGGCUGGAGACCAGAGCGUACUAUUGUUUUCUGCUCGUGGGGAGGAACGCCCUGGGGCAAAAUUGGCUCCUAUGAAUGGGGAGAGGAUUUUGCGAAGAUACUACAGAAAAAUGCUGUGGCUUACGUUAGCAUCCAUAGUCCCAUCCGGGGCAACUCCACUCUGUAUCCAAUAGCAUCUCCAUCUCUCCAGCAACUGGUUGUAGAGAAAAAUAAGUUCAACUGUGUGCGAAGACCUCAGUGCCCAGGAGCCAAUGUCAGCUCUGUGCAGAUACAAGGUGAUGCUGAGUAUUUCAUCAACCAUCUUGGAGUUCCAACUGUGCAGUUUGCUUAUGAGGACAUCAAAGCAUUAGAGGGUCCAAGUUUUCUCUCUGAGGCCAUUUUUCCUAAACAUGCAACAAAAAUUGAAGAAUUGGAUCCAUCUUUCAACCUUCAUGAAGCCAUUACUAAGCUCUCAGGAGAAGUAAUUUUACAAAUUGCCAAUGACCCAGUUCUGCCCUUCAAUGCCCUCGAUAUAGCCUUAGGAGUUCAAAACAGCCUUAAAGAUAAUGAGCCUAGUGUCCCUAACCUGCUUGCCUUGGCAUCAAAGCUGAGGGACAGUGCUGAACUCUUCCAAUCAGAUGAGAUGCGACCUGCUAAUGACCCAAAGGAAAGAGUUCCCAGUCGUGUCCGGAUGCUGAAUGACAUCCUUCAAGACCUGGAGAAGAACUUCCUGGUGCAGCAGGUACCACCGGGUUUCUAUAGAAACAUCCUGUACCAUCUUGAUGAGAAGACAAGCCAGUUUUCCAUCCUUAAGGAGGCUUGGGAGCACUGCAUUCCAGAGACAUCAAAUGAGACUUUGCAAGAGGCCCUGUCUAAUGUGCUGAAUAGCAUUAAUUCUGCUCAUAUUUUCUUCAAAGCAGGACUGGAUGUGUUUGAGAGUGUCUUACUAGAAAAGAACUGAGAAAAUGCUCAGAAUUUUUCAAAGUUUGUUUACAAUUGUAUAAGCAAAAGCUCUAAUUUGACCAGGUGUUUGUCUUGCUGUAUUUGUUGUCACUGAAGACUUCCCAGAAAUUUAAAGCUAUUAUACAAUAUAUUUUUAAAUGUACAUAAUAAAGAACAUUUUGUACUUUUUAAAAUAUUCUUAUAACUCCAUUGAAGUACAUAACAACAAUUAUUGAAAUAAUACUUAAGAAUAAUCUAUUACAGAGAAAUAUGCCAUAUCCUUUAGAAAAACAAUGGUUGGGAGGAGAUUAAAAUAUUUUUGGCAUUGUCACUACUGUGGACAUAAUGUGGAGGAAUGCCAGUAUUAUUCUAACAAAACUCCAGGGACUUUGUUCUUAUUGAGACAUGAAGACCUGAUAAGGUUCCAGAUAAUUUUGCAAGUAUCUGUUCAAUAUGAAGACGUGAUAUAUUCUGAAUGAGUGAUUGAUGCCACAAGCCACAUCGAAUGUUUCUCUUUUAUACAAUAAAGUCUGUCUCCUUAACACAACUAGAUGUAGUAAUGCACUGGCUAUGAAAUUGUAUUUUGUAAGUAAUAAUGAAAAAAGAGCCAUAAACAUUCCAAGGGGAAAAUUCCCAAGAAACUAGAUGGAGCAAUUUAAAUGCAAAUUCUUCCUAAAGAAUCAAGUUUUGAAACCCUUAAAUUGCCUCAGUUGAUGCUACAUGAACUUCAGCAGGGAUGUACAUCAACAAGGGAGAGAACAUUUUCUACUUCACUUUUUGUAGUUUCUGACAGAAUUAUAGAAACUGGGACUAUGCUAAAGGAGAGCAACACACAUGGCUGGCUCUCCCUGCAUCUUCCACACAACCUUUUGCUAUAAAGUGUCUCUAACAGAACCCUAUAUAACUAUGAUGGAAAACGGCAGUUUGCCCUUGAAAAUCCAAAAUAUCACCAAACACAACUAAAUAUUGUUUUAUACAACAUACGAAGUAAACCCUAUCAUAAAACAUAUGUUUGUUUUAGCAACAAAUACUCUUUUAAAUUCAGGAAGAAACAUUAACAUUUUCCUAUUUGUCAUCUCUUAUACUGGCAAAGCUCAAAACAGAAAAUAGGCAUGCCACUUAUGCUAUCAAAAAUUGGAGUGCUUUAGGGCCUGCUCUCCCAUGUUCUCUCAUGUAGGAGAGAGACUCUGAAUCCUGGCUCUGUCAUCCAGUAGCUCUAGAUUCCUUAUUCCCUCCAAACUAGAAGAUUCUGCCUAGGUGUGGACAAGUAAAAGUUUUAUCUUACCUUUUUAGAAUAUAUUUGUUUAAAAAUACAUUUCUUGUUUGAAUAACAGUUUAUCUUUGGAAAUAGUCCAUCAGAAUAGUUCUUAUAACAGUUCCUAUUUCAAUCCGGAAACAUUUGACAUUGCCAUUGUUGCCCCUCCAUGUUUAUCUAAGUCUUUACUUCAUUAAGAUGAACAUACAAGUAAGGUUAGUUAAGAAUAAAGCUAAAUUUGAGUUAAUAAUCAUUGGCUAAGUGAUAAACAAGAGUUAUCUCCUCCUACCAUUAGUAAUGGUUGUUUUCUCAAAGCAGUGAUUGAGGCAACUAAUUAUAUAAUUAAAGAAGAAGCACAUGUUUAUCUGAAGUGCCUAUGUAUGAACAUUUUCAUAUGAGAAAUGAAAUAACUUGUAAUAUUUUAAUGGAUGUAUUUAAUGUAAUGAUUUAAAUGUAGUUGCUUGACACUAUUCUGUCACAUUGCUAAAUAUGUAUGGGAAGGCACUUACCAGGUUUGGCACUGCCUACGCAGCACUGCUUCUUCUCCAUUAUCUGAAGAGGUCAGCAGAACAAAGUUGGUCAGAAUACCCAUUCUGCAAGAGAGUUAAAUUCUUUGUCAAAGGGUGUUUCAUACUGAAUCAAUGGUUAUACAGUUCGUAGUGUGGAGUUGAAUUUGGUAGAUUACCAUCUUAGAUCAAAUCUCUACAUUGUUUUUGUACAAAAAUUCAAAAAAGCAUCGAGAAUAGAACAUUACCAUCUUCUAGGACUUUAUAAGUUUAAAUACAUAGGUAAACCAAUUACGUUUGAGACCUUUAUUUCUUCCUUCUAAAUUUAUUUCAUUUAUUCACUGAAAACAAGUUAACCCUUGGUUAGCACACUCUAUUAGAUCAUUUAAAAGAUCAUAUAAAGUGUUUACAUUAGAUUUAAAUAGAUGUUCAUGAAUCCUGAAGGUGAUCCUUUACAGUUUGAAUUUAUAUAGCUCUGAUUCCUUAGAACACUGUAUCAU